AUGUCAAAUGCUACAUUUUUCAAUGAAUUUAUUCUUCUGGGAUUUUCAGAAUUCCAUGAACUGGACCUGGGAUUUUAUAUACUUCUGCUUCUGAUGUACCUUCUGUCACUUAUAGGACAUUCCUUAAUCAUCAUAGUGGUUUCCAUAGACCCUAAGCUCCAUACUCCAAUGUAUUUCUUCCUCCUGAACUUCUCCAUCGCUGAGAUUUCUUCCACAACAUCAGAGAUACCAAAGAUGUUGGUCAAUAGCUUCUCUGGCAAAAACACCAUCUGCUUUGCAUGUUGCAUGGCCCAAGGUUUUGUGGUCUUCACAAUGGGAGCUGUGGAGUUCAUCACCCUCACAAUCAUGUCUUUUGACCGCUAUGUGGCCAUCUGCAAACCUUUGCAUUAUCAAACCAUUAUGACUAGUGGACUCUGUAUCAAACUGUCUUUGCUGGCAUGGAUUGGUGGGUUUGGACUCAUAUUUCCUCAGUCGGUUGUGGUGUGGACGUACCCCUAUUGUGCGCACAAUCUCAUUGAUCAUUUCUUUUGUGACAUUGGUCCAGUUUUGCAGUUGGCUUGUGCUGAUACAAUAGUGAUUGAACUAAUAGGAUUUGUUUAUGGUGCUGUUAUAAUGUGGGGUUCCUUUGGGUUCUCUCUGAUUUCAUAUAUGCACAUUAUAAACACCAUACUUCAGAUCCCUUCUGCCAUCGGGAGGUCCAAAGCUUUUUUCACUUGUGCUUCCCAUCUUAUUGUUCUAACCAUUUUCUAUACAGCAGAUAUGCUUAUGUACUUGAAACCUUCAACGCAUAGUGACACCCGACUAAAUAGGACAAUCUCUCUUGUGCGCACCAGUUUCAUACCCAUGUUAAACCCUUUCAUCUACACAAUACGGAACAGUGAAUUCAGAACUGCUUUGUGGAAAGCAGUAACCCAAAGGAUGAGUUUCUAA